CGCUCUCUCUGCACAGGCAGACUGCCGGCGUGAGUUCGUACAUGCAAACGGCGAUUUGCGAAAAUGACGCCGUUAACAUCCGCCGAGUUGAACUACCUCAUUUUCCGUCACCUUAACGAAUCCGGGUACACACAUUCAGCUUUCGCAUUCGAAUACGAGGCAGGAAUUAGCGAAAGUGCCAUUGAUGGAAAUGCUGUUCCACCUGGUGCUCUUGUUACAUUUAUCCAAAAAGGAAUUGAGUAUCUUGGAAAAGAAACGAAGCCGAAUAACGUAAGAAUGUCACGAGUGAGAUUGAGUUUUUUUCUCUCCUUUUUGGGCGAUCUGGACGCAAAUGGAAGCUUCCAGUUUCGGCAUCCUAUUGAACUUAUAACAAAAGACGGAAGCGACCACGAACUCGCAUCGAAAAGAGAAAAUGAACCCUAUAGAGAGAUGAUAGAGAUAGGAAAGAAGACAACAAAUGGAAUAGAGAAGGAAAAUCCAUUGGACGACAUAACUGACGCUAAUCAUAACGAAGAUGAGAUUAACGGCAGACUUGAGGAGAAUGAAGCUGAUAGAGGUAAGGAGAAUUUCACUUACUUUCUAUUUUAA